AUGGCUGCUCAAGUAAACUUAGAUGUUCCCACUUGUCUUGUCAAGGAGCUCGGGAUAAGCCACGACGACUAUCCCGGUGGUUAUAAAUCCGAUGAGAUUAAUAAUGGGAUUUUCCUGACAUGGAAGGAUUUGUGGGUGACUGUGCCGGAAAAGGCAAUGGCCGGGGUGGAAGGGCGGCGGCCCAUACUGGCGGGAGUCACCGGGUAUGCCGAGCCAGGGGAGGUUUUGGCCAUUAUGGGGCCUUCCGGCUGCGGAAAAUCUACUCUUCUCGAUGCAUUGGCAGGGAGGCUUGAUUCGAGCACCAGACAGAGAGGGGACAUUCUCAUCAAUGGCCGCAAGCAGGCACUCGCAUUUGGCACUUCUGCCUAUGUGACUCAAGACGACACGCUAAUGACAACCUUAACCGUACGAGAAGUCGUUCACUACUCGGCCCUGCUCCAGCUCCCCGACUCCAUGUCCGUGCCGGACAAGAGAAAACGGGCCGAGCAGACGAUCAAGGAGAUGGGCCUGCAGGACGCGGUCGACACUAGAAUCGGGGGGUGGAGCGUGAAGGGGCUGAGCAGCGGACAAAAGAGACGGGUAAGCAUUUGCUUAGAGAUCCUGACCCGACCGGAACUACUCUUUCUCGACGAGCCCACGAGCGGCUUGGACAGCGCGGCUUCUUACCACGUCAUGAGCCGGAUAAUCAAACUUGCGAGACAGGACAAAAGGACAGUUGUGGUCUCUAUUCACCAGCCAAGUGGGGAGGUCUUUGAGCUCUUUCACAAUCUGUGUCUUUUGUCGUCGGGGAAGAUGGUCUACUUUGGUUCUGCUUCGGCAGCAAAUGAGUUUUUUGCCUCAAAUGGUUUUCGCUGUCCAUCUAUGAGAAAUCCAUCCGACCACUACCUCAGGACUAUAAACAAGGACUUCGAUGUCGAAAUCGAACAAGGAUUCCAUAGUCUAAUAACCGCAACCGAAGCCAUUGAUUUUCUUGCCAAGUUGUACACCUCGUCCGGGGCUAAUCACCAAGUACAACAACGGCUACAACAGAUCGUGGGCUUGAAGAACAGAGAACCUCUGGAGAUCAUGAAGGAGAAGCAUGCCGGAUUAGCUACACAAUGCCUUGUUCUGACUCGAAGAUCUUUUGUGAACAUGUAUCGCGAUUUGGGUUAUUACUGGCUUCGUCUAGCUAUAUACAUUGCAGUAUGCGUGUGCGUGGGGACAAUAUUUCACAACAUUGGCUAUAGUUACAGUUCCAUCCAGGCAAGAGGCUCAAUGUUGAUGUUUGUGGCUGCAUUCUUGACCUUUAUGGCCAUUGGUGGCUUCCCUUCUUUUGUGGAGGAAAUGAAAAUUUUCUCACGUGAGCGAUUGAACGGCCACUAUGGCGUGGCCCCAUUUGUGGUUGGGAACACACUAUCCUCCAUCCCCUACUUGCUAUUGAUUUCGGUUGUGCCGGGCAUAAUAGCCUACUACUUGGUCGGCCUCCAGAAGAGCUUUGACCACUUCGCCUACUUUGCAUUGCUCUUGUUCGCGUGCAUGAUGUUGGUUGAGAGUUUGAUGAUGAUUGUGGCUAGUAUCGUGCCUGAUUUUCUCAUGGGGAUCAUAACUGGUGCGGGCCUCCAGGGCAUGAUGAUGCUAUGCGGAGGGCUUUUUCGACUGCCGAACGAUUUGCCAGUGCCGUUUUGGAGGUACCCGAUGUACUACAUCGCGUUUCACAAGUACGCAAAUGAAGGGUUUUACAAGAAUGAGUUUGAGGGCUUGAAGUUUGAAGAGGGAGUUGGAUGUGGAGGGAUGUCAAGGAGUAUUGGUGGGGAUGAGAUAUUGAGGAGUGUUUGGCAAGUUGAGAUGGGAUACUCCAAGUGGAUUGAUGUAUCCAUCUUGUUUGGCAUGGUAGCUUUCUAUAGGAUUAUGUUUUUUGCUAUAAUAAAAGGUGUAGAGAAGAUUAAGCCUAUGAUUAGGAGGUAUAUUUGUAAGUUCAAUCGAGCAGUCCACAUAGAAUAA